AUGGAGGGAGGGAGAGCUGCUCCUCUUCUUCAUGGGACUCUCGAGGCCGUCAUCAACGACGCCGCCCUGCCAGCAAUCUACACUGUGUGUACCCAUCGGGUCUACGUGACGAUCAGCUUAGGGACGACGACGAUGGCGGAGACGACCAGGGAAAAGAAUCCCACCUGGAACCAGACCUUCAGGAUCCUCUGCGCCCAUCCUGCAGAGACGGAGGUGGUGGUAACGGUGAGGACGACGUUCUGGGUCGUCGGCAGAGCCAGAAUUCCGGCGAGCCGGCUGCUCGGCCACGGCCAGCCGCCCUGCGACGGGACUUCAUUCUCGCUGCUGUCGGCGGGGGGGAAGCGGAGCCGCUGCCGGCGGCUGAGGUUCCUCCUCCGGUUCGUGCCGGCAGAGCAGGAGCCGCUCUGGGGAAGGGGCCUCUGCGAUGGCCAGUUUGGGGGCCUCCAUGACGGUGUGACUUUCCCACAGAGACACAACUGCGGCGUUGUACUGUACCAGGACGCGCACCACCGGCGGGGGUUUGCGCCGCCCCUGCUCGACGGUCAGGGGCGGGGGCUACGGGCGAGGAGGCUGUGGGAGGACAUUUACGCCGCCAUAGAUGGAGCCAAGCAUAUUAUUUACAUCACUGGGUGGGCGUUCAAUCACAGUGUCGUGCUGGUAUUUUCCCGAGACUCUCAACUCUUCCUACAUAAAAUUUGCGAUCUUUGCCCCGGUUCACCCCCCUCCUUUAGAUGAUUGCGUGGUUUAUCUUAUCUUACCAAAUAAUUACCCGCCUAGAUGCAUGGAUAUUUUAGUGCCCAAACAUAUCGGAUAUAUCUAGACAUAUAUAGCUAAUUUUCUUCAACCUUAUAUGGAAAACUUUCAUCAAGAAUAUCGCCGUUCGCAUCAAUUUCCCUAAUUUACAUAAAUCGAGAAUUAUUAGAGUACGCAAAUAGUCAAUAUUAGUGUGAAAUUAUCUCUUUGGGUAAAAAAAUGAAAGGCUUUUAUUUUAUUAUUGAUUGGAAAAUGAAAACUCCAAAAUUGGUUGCGAGUUUAGAAGAAAAACGAGUCCUGAAACUAACUGUAAUUUUCGAUAAUUAUUUUUUUUGGAAAACUUGAUAUUUUGGAAACGAGAAUCAAUGAAACAGUAAUCAAGAGCUGAUUAGGGUUAAGAAGAAUGAUGAGACAGGCUUAGGAAGCCAAGAAACUGAGUCCUUCACACUGGGGCAAGGAUGUCCCGUAAACGAUUAGGGUUUUAUGAAGAAACUUUCAUGGUGGUGAUCUCUUCCGAGACAAGGAAACCGCGUAAAUUUCCCAUAGUACUCUUCAUUAGCAUAUAUUGACUAUGUAUUUUUUCUGUUGAGUAAUUAACUUCAUUUAUUACCAUCAUCCUCUCUCUCUCUCUCUCUCGCUCGCUACAUACAUAUAUGCAUGCAAUAUGUAUGGGUAUUUAGGGUUUUAUUGGUAUCUUCUUCUCCGACCAGGUGCAAGACCCAGACACAGAGCGUCCCGAUGCAGUGGGAGUGGAGCUGGGGGAACUCCUGAAGCGCAAGGCCGAUGAGGGCGUGGCGGUGAGGCUGAUGCUGUGGGACGACGAGAGCUCUCUCCCUCUCAUCCGAAACCCUGGCCUCAUGAGGACCCACGACGAGGACUCCUUCACAUACUUUGCCCAAACCAGAGUCGUCUGCCGCCGCUUCCCCAGGCUCCACCACAACUUUCCCACAGUCUUCGCCCACCACCAGAAGACCAUCUCCGUCGACUCCCCGCGGCGGCUGGACGGCGACUCGGGGAGAGAAAUCGUCAGCUUCGUCGGAGGCCUCGACCUCUACGACGGCCGUUACGACACCGAGGAACACUCGCUCUUCCGUAACCUCGACGCCGGAGAAUUCUACCAGGUAUCCAUCGCCGGCGCCGGGCGCCGCCAUGGUGGCCCCAGGGAACCCUGGCACGACGUCCAUUGCCGGCUCACCGGCAGCGCCGCAUACGACGUCCUGGCCAACUUCGAGCAGCGUUGGACCAAGCAGUCCGAUCCUUCUCUCCUCCUUCCCCGCGACGCCUUCCCGGGCUUCCAGGCUCCCGCCGGCGAGGUCGCCGAAGGCGAGGAAGACGACUGGAACGUGCAGGUGUUCAGAUCAAUCGACGGGCUGUCCUCUACGCGGUUGCCGGAGCAGCGCACGGCGGAGCACAGCAUCCACGAGGCCUAUGUCUCGGCGAUCCGGCGGGCGGAGAGGUUCAUAUACAUUGAGAAUCAGUAUUUCCUUGGAGGGUCCAGUCUCUGGGAGGGCGACAGAGGGAGCGGCUGCGAGAACCUGGUGCCGGCGGAGAUUGCCCUCAAGAUCGCCGCCAAGAUCAGGGCCGGGGAGAGGUUUGCGGCGUACGUGGUGGUGCCCAUGUGGCCGGAGGGGGUGCCGGAGACGGCGACGGUGGGGGAGAUCCUGCACUGGCAGAGGCGAACCAUGGCGAUGAUGUACAGCGUGGUGGGGGAGGCCAUCAGGGAGAAGGGCAUCAAGGAGCACCCGAGGGAGUAUCUGAGCUUCUUCUGCCUGGCAAAAAGAGAGCCGCGGCCGCCAGAGGGGGAGCAUCUUCCGGCCGCUCCUCCCCAGAGGCCGGGCCAGUACUACAACGCCCAGAGGAACAGGAGGUUCAUGAUCUACGUCCACUCCAAGCUCAUGAUCGGUAAGAUCCAAGAUCAUUGUCACGUCUCUCUCUCUCUCUCCCUCCCUCCCUCUCUCUCUCUCUAUAUGUAUAUAUAUAUAUAUAUCUGUUGAUCUAUGAUCUUUCUGUAUGUUGCGCUCCGCAGUGGACGACGAGUACCUGCUGAUGGGGUCGGCCAACGUGAACCAGCGCUCCAUGGACGGAGGAAGGGACACGGAGAUCGCGGUGGGAUGCUACCAGCCGAGACGUGGCAGCGCCGGGGACAUCCGGGACUUCAGGCUGUCGCUCUGGUACGAGCACACCGGCGCCGUCCGGGACGCCUUCCGCCAGCCGGAGGGCCCCGCCUGCGCGAGAGAGCUCAACGACGUCGGCGACGCAGCGUGGAGGAGCUACAGCGGGGAAGCCGCCGCGGACAUGGCCGGCGUACACCUCGUCAGCUACCCGGUGGCCGUGUCCCCUGAUGGUCGGCUCCAUGACGGGGGUUCCUUCCCCGACACCAAAGCCCCUGUCAAAGGGAAGAGGCACUGGUGGUUCCCUCCCGUCUUCACCACCUGA